AUGGCUAUCCCACUGUCUUUUGAAGCCGCUACGGUCAAAGAGCCAAAAACGCAGAAUACUAUCUCUGGCCGCUUCUUGAACAUAGUGGAAUCGGACGAAGUUGGAAUCAAAAUCACCGCUACAGCCGUCAAUCCGGUCGAUUGGAAGAUGCGCGACUACGACGCAUUUCUCCCUGCGUACCCUGCCAUACUGGGAUCAGAUGCUGCUGGAACUAUCGCGGCCGUCGGAGCAAAUGUGUCAGGUUUCGAAAUUGGGGACCGCGUCUUCUUCCAAGGCAUUAUUGGCAACUACGACUCAUCCACAUUCCAACAAUAUUGCAAGAUGCCAGCUGCCCUUGUCGCCAAGACUCCAAAUAACAUUAGCGACGACCAGGCCGCAGGUAUUAGCCUCGCUACAAUGGCUGCAGUCACUGCUUUUUACGACACUCAAGGACAUGGGAUGACGGCCCCGUGGGAGAAAGGGGGCGUGGUGGAAGGAAAUGGCAAAGCCAUUGUAAUUAUUGGAGGUGCUUCAUCUGUUGGUCAAUAUGCCAUCCAGCUAGCUCGAUUGUCUGGUUUCGAGAGGAUUAUCACCAAUGCAAGCGCAGUCAACCAUGAGUUCCUGAAAGGGCUCGGCGCGCAUGUUGUUUUAGAUCGAAGCCAGUCCGGUCCAGAUGAUUUUGCCGCCGCAGUUGGCGGUCUUCCUCUCCUAUUUGUCUUUGAUGCCAUCUCGAUGAAGUCCACGCAGCUUUUGGGCGUUCAGAUCCUUCAAGCCACAAAGACUGAAAACAGCCAUCUGGUCACAGUGUAUGUGGUCCGUCCAAAGGCGAUCGAUCAAGAUGCUGCAGAGCUCGGUCGAUCGAAAGAGCCUAAAGUAGGCAUCAAACAAAUCUUGGGUAUCGGGAGCUCUCCGGCUUUGCGUUACUUGAGUGUGCCUCUUUUCAGGAAUCUUGGCGGGGAAGAUGGCUAUAUCGGCAAGGGUCUUUUCACACCGAACCGACCACGCCUAGUCUUGGGUGGAUUGAGUGCAGUGGAAGAAGCGCUUGCAUUGAAUAAGCAGGGCGUGUCCGGGAAGAAGGUUGUUUUUCGCCCCUUUGGUUGA